AUGGAUUUAUCUAAUUUUUCCAAGUUAAGUCCAGCUCACAAUGAGUUUAGAUAUGACACAUGUACCACUCCAACAGAGUCAAUGGUCAAAUCAAUGUUGACCGCAUCUUUAGGAGAUGCGGUGUACAGCGAUGAAUCAACUGAAGAAUUGGAGGAUAAAGUUGCAAAGUUGGCUGGAAAAGAAGCAGGCUUAUUCUGUGUCAGUGGUACUAUGGCAAAUCAAAUAGCAAUUCGAGUUAACCUUAAGCAGCCACCGUAUAGCAUCCUUAGCGAUAGUAGGGCCCAUAUUUAUACCAGUGAAGCCGGAGGAUUGGCUACCUUGUCACAAGUAAUGCCACAGCCAGUAUACCCAAAGAAUGAAAAGUAUUUGACCUUGGAAGACGAUAUUAUUCCUAAUUUUAUUCCUGAUGAUGGAGAAAUUCAUGGAGCACCAACCAAAGUGAUAUCAUUGGAAAAUACGCUACAUGGAAUGAUUUUUCCGAUUUCUGAAAUUAAAAAGAUAUCAGAAUUUUGCCGCAAAAACGAUGUGAAAUUGCAUAUGGAUGGUGCCCGAUUAUGGAACGCCUCGGUGGAGUCUGGUGUCUCUAUUAAAGAGUAUUGUUCAUACUUUGAUUCGGUUUAUCUUUGUUUAUCUAAGACACUUGGGGCUCCAAUUGGUUCAGUCUUGGUAUCGGAUAAAAAAUUUAUCAAUAAAGCAAAUCACUUUAGGAAACAGUGUGGUGGUGGUAUUAGACAAUCUGGAAUCAUAGCUCGUAUGGGUAUUACAAGUAUAGAUGAGAACUUCUCAAAAUUAAAGGCAACUCAUGAUAGAGCAAAAGAAGUAGGUAAAUUAUGUGAAGAACAUGGAAUUGCAUUAGAGCAUCCAGUGGAAACCAAUUUCGUAUUCAUCGAUCUCAAAAAGAACAACAUGAGUGCAGUUAAGCUCAACGAAAUUGCUCAGAAAUAUGGGAUUAAACUCGAUAAUCAUCGUGUUGUGUUUCACUAUCAGAUUUCUGAAGACUGUUUUCAAAAGUGUAAAAAGGUCAUCUUGGAGUGCUAUGAAGCAGCUAAGCAAGGAGAAUCUGUUCCAGAUGAAAAAGUAAGUUAUUAUAAUAUUAAGUCAAAGUAG